AUGGGUGUUGAGACACGUCGCACUGCUGCUGGUGGUCGCCACAAGAAGUCUACUCCGCCUAUCCUUAGUCAUGAAUUCGUUAUACAAAAUCACGGCGACAUUAUGAGCUGCGUACUGAUGGUGUUCAUUGUCGGACUUAUGUUCCCUCUCACGGCAUCAAUGUGCUCUGUAUUCGUUGCCCCUCAAUACAACGAAACCGUCAAUGUCACCUCCGAACUUGGUCCUGUUAGCCUCACCUUGUAUCGAAAUGGUCCUGCGGAUAUUUUCACUAUUUUGUUCUACGCGGUCGCUUGGGUUGUAGUGCACGCCGUCAUUCAAGAGUAUAUAUUAGACAAACUACAACGAAGGGCUCGCUUAUCUAAGGUGAAAACCUUCAAGUUCACUGAAUCGGGACAUUUAUCUCUGUUUGCCCUGUAUUCGGCUUGUCACGCUGCAUACGUGAUAAUGGAUUUUGUGCAUAACUAUACUGAUGUAAAGAGAAUCUGGCUGGGAUAUCCAGAAGAGCACCGCUGGAUGAAUCUGAACAUGAAAAUCUUCGCAAUUUUACAGAUAUCAUACUGGGUGCACCAAUUUCCCGAAUUCUACUUCCAAAAGAUGAAAGCAGAUGAAAUCCGGCAGCGAACGAUCCUAUCAAUGCUACACAUCUGUUUCAUUGGAGCUGCAUACAUCAUGAACUUUAUGCGAUUUGCGGUUGUCCUUCUGGCUCUCGAAUAUGUUUCGCAGACAAUUUUCCACUUCUCUCGUCUCAUUCAUUUCUUGGAAAAGAAGGAUCUAGCUAAGAAUGGGUUCACAUUUUGGAAUAUCGUGUUCCUCGUUGUUCGUUUGGCAUCGUCAGUGCUGACAGUCAUGACCUUCUGGUAUGGCUUACGUCAGUCCGAGACUGCAUACAUAGAUGUUGCGAGCGGAAACUACAACACUACUUACGUCCGCCUAAAUUGCUUACUGGCUGUUCUGUCGCUGCAGUUGUUCCAGCUAUGGAACUUCACAAGCUUCCACGUAGGGCGAUUUAAGGAGAGCGCAAGUCGAAAGGCUAAGUCUGAGACCAAAAAGCUUGCUCCUCAGCCGAAGGGUAGGAAGUCCAAAUCGGAGGAAUCUGUAUCGGAAAACGAACAUAGUGAGGAGGCAGACGGGAGCGCUAAGAGAGGUAAGAAGAAAACAAACUGA